AUGUCUUUCGCACUGGUAUUCUGCACGCAGAGCCGUACCAAAGAUGUGUUGCCCACAACCGCGAUCCCGACGGGAGUAAGAUGCGGGGACGUCGCCAGGAUCCGCUGGGAGGGCCGCUUUUAUAAAGCAAAGAUUCUCUUUAUCGGCGUAAAGGAGCUCUGUGAACUAAAAUCUGCAUCGGUAACCAGCGAGGGCAAUUUGAUCGAAAGCGAGUUUGAUACUACUUUAGGAUUUUCUGAUGACGACAACGACGAAAUCUGCGAACCACAGCCAUCGUCUUCGGGGGAGAAGGAGAUUGUAACCAGAUUAAUAAGGAUAGAGGAACUGUGCGGUGUCAGAGCCGAGAAUAAGAAAAGAAGAGAUGCUGAAUUUGCGUCACAAAAUCAAAGGAUUGCCCACUUGGAACAAAUAUUAAAAGAAGCAUUACGUCGGCUGCCGGUGGUACAAGCGCAAGGCUGGUUGAUCCUUUUACGUUACUUGGAUAAAAUUUAA